AUGAAACCAGACGAGAGAAAACGCCGCUUUAACGAUGCAAUUGUUAACACACUAUAUCCUCCAUUUCCACAGGACCCGGAACCAGUAACAGACCCGAUCGAAUUGGAAUCUUACACCGACGUUAUUUCAGCCACUUUGGAUGACUGUGAAAAUGCCUCAAUAAGCGGCGAAGAAGAAGAACACGGUUCUGAUGCGGAGAAACUCACUAGAGCUCAACGAAAGAGAAUUCGUAAGAAGAAGAUGAAGGAAGAGUCCAUCCUCCGUGGAAAGUUAAUCGGGCCGUUGAUGCCUCAAUCCCAAUCAACACAGGCCUGGGACCAUGAUCCUCCACCUGUUCGAUCAAAUGCUUCUAAGAAAGGUGAUGAGACUUCCCGUGCUAACGCCAAGAGAAUGAAGCAGCGGAGGAUGGCGAAAAGGGUUGUCAAAGAAAAGCCAGUUGCCUCUCCAUUAGACAAAUGUAGUCAAAUUUCAAGUGAUGUUGUUGAUGAUAUGAAAGAAGCUCGAAUAAAAUGCGGACUGGACCAGAAGUUGCAUAGUGCAAACUUGGUAAAUCAUCAAUAUCUCCAUAUGAUAUGCUCAGUUGCCGAAGAUGGUGUAUUAUCACUUGGGGAUAUUGCAAAGAAGCUUCAUCUAUGGAAAUUCAGACACUAUGCAUAA